AUGGACGCGAGGUUCACCCAGAUGCUCUGCAUGCUCUGCCUGGUCAUUGCAGUCCGAGCGGUUACCCAGGAAGGGUUCAAGGAGGUGUUGCUGAAGCAGAUGGGGCUCUCUGAGGUCCCUAAACUUCCUAAGAGAGAUUUGGCGGAUCUGGUUAUCCCAGACCAUGUCAAGAACAAAUACGUCUCCAUGCUGAAGCGCCAGAGGGUGAAGCGCCGAGCUUUGCCCAGCCUGGGCGGCAUCCUCAGGGGCAUCCCUGGCAACGCAGGCACAGCGGGAGAAUUCGUCCGCUCCGACACCACCACACGUCAGAACCUGAUCUUUGACAUGGAGGGCAGAAUACCUAAAAACAGUGAAGUGACAAUGGCUGAGCUGAAACUCUUCAAAAAGCCUCUGGACAGAGCAAACCUGCCUGCCAAGCAUCCGCACCGGCCCGUCUCCAACGCCAGGGUCAGCGUGUACUGGGUGCAACGGCAACACGACGGUACCAACAGGACCUCCCUGGUAGACUCCCGGCUGGUUCCCAUACGUGAGUCGGGCUGGAAGAACUUUGACGUGACACAGGCCGUGCAUUACUGGCUGCGAAACAAGAGGCACGAGCCGAUGUUCCUGGAGGUGUGGAUUGAAGGAGAGCGGGUUGGCAGCCAUGCCUCGGAAGUGGCCAAAGCUGUGCGUUUCACCUCACAGGACCCCAAGGAUAAAGCCCUUGGCAAACCUGAACUGGUGCUUUACACCCUCGACUUGGAAGACUACGGGGGCCCUGGGGACUGCAAGAAGGAGGCGGUGAUGGGGAAGUCCACCUGCUGUCGGCAGAAACACUACAUCAACUUCCGUGAGCUCUCCUGGGCACAGUACUGGAUCAUCGAGCCAGCAGGGUACCAGGCGUACCGGUGCUCAGGGGGGUGCCUGCAGCCCCCCAACCCGCUGCGGCACUUCGGCUAUGGGGAGCGCACCUGCGCCGUGGCAGAGAGCUCCUCGCUCCCCAUGAUGUACCUUGUCCAGAGGGGCAACCGCACCGAGAUCGAAGCUGCUGAGUUUCCCAACAUGAUUGUCGAGAAAUGCAGCUGCGUCACGGAUGGCAUGGCACUGGUGUGAGAUGUGGGUGGCCAGACAGGGAUGUCACCCAGUCCCACAGCCCUGCUCAGAGCCACCUUGGUCUCCAGCCCUGGGGACAGUGAUGAAGGUCUGUGGGGACCCCCAGAUACCUGACAGCAAGGGUCCGCAGCAGCAGGGGUUGCAGCUCUCCCAUGCACCCCGCUACCUGCAGAGAGGGUGCACUUAAAGGUACUGUCCUUAUAGGUGGGCUCAGAGGAGCAUCCAUCUUCACAUCUCGCAGAAUCACAGGAUGGUUGGGGUUGGAAGGCACCUCUGGAGAUCAUCCAGUCCAACCCACCUGCUACAGCAGGUUCACCCAGAGCAGAUCACACAGGAAGGUGUCCAGGCGAGUCUUGAAUGUCUCCAGAGAAGGAGACUCCACAGCCUCUCUGGGCAGCCUGUUCCAGUGCUCUGGAACCCUAUGUGAGGGGUACCUACGGAGCCUAACGCUUCUUAGAGGCCCUUUGACGGUGGUCAAAUUUCAUUGAAUUUGAUGCAGCUGCAGCCAAUUUAUUUCAGUUCCCACCCCAGAGUAUUGCAAAGAGCUACAGGCAAAGGAGGAGGGAUGUGUGGGUUCAGCUUUUCAUCCUUAGACUCCUGGCAUUUCUUAAGUUUCGAUCCUUGUCUAUCCAAGUCAUGUUUAUGGGAAAAUGUAGAGCAGAAGCACUUACAUGUAUAUAUUGUACACACACACACACACAUGAACAUCUAUAUAGUAUACGAAUAUAUGUAUGUAUUGUAUAUAUACAUAUUGGGUAUAUACAUAUUGUCUACAUACAUAUAUGUACAGAAAAUAUUUUCUAGAGCUCGAAGAAACAUAUAUAUGUGCGUAUGUAUCAUAUGCAUAUAUACAUACACAUGUACAUAAAAUAGAAUCUGGAACUCAAAGGUUUAUAUUUUUGGCCCCUGCACCAUGGGUUUGACACAGUUUUAGAGGAAGAAUUUAGAGUCCUGAAGUAAAUGCGAAUAUUAGGACUUAGGUUUGCUCACAUAAGUAGCGCUUUGUAGAAUCAGGCCCUUAUUUUUCUGGUUGUGUAUUACAGUUAUUCCAAUUUAGAGAUAUUUUCCUCAGCUUACAUGCUUUCAAA